AUGAGGCCUAGGAAAAAGGUCAGGUCUGAUGGGCCUGUAAGAGUUGGGCCUACUGUUACACCGAUGAGGGUAGAGAUCUGCCAGCUCUGUAAUAGGCACCAUCUGGGUGAGUGUUGGAGGACUACUGGGGCUUGUCUUAGAUGUGGGUCUAUUGAGCAUCGAGUUAAAGACUGUUCGUUGAGAGCUAAUGAGAUGCAAGCUACGGUUAAUAAGACUACACACCCGCCGAGAGUGGUUCAGCAGCCACCUAGGGGCCGAGGACUGGCCAGGGGUGGUAAUGGCAUGGGCCAAGAGCAGAGAGCAUCGGGCAGAGGUGCUGGGUCGACUGAGUCUAUUGGAGUUAGUAAAUCGUUUAAGGACGUUCUAUUGGAAGUCCAAGGGACGGUAUUUCUAGUUGAUCUGAUGGAGCUUCUGUUUGGAGAGUUUGACAUAAUUCUGGGAAUGGACUGGUUAGUUAAACACCGAGUGAGUCUAGACUGUGCGAAAAAAAAGGUGGUUCUGAGGAUCGAGGAGGAUAAUGAAGUUAAGAAUAUCAGAACUGUAAGAGACUUUCCAAAUGUAUUUCCAGAGGAACUACUAGGAUUGCCUCCGAGCCGGGAGGUAGAAUUUGGUAUCGAGUUGAUUCCUGGUACAGCUCCAGUGUCUAUUACCCCUUAUGGUAUGGCACCGAAGAAGCUGACUGAACUUAAGGCUGAUAAAUCAUAA